CAACAGGGCUGGGGUUGCAGUGGGGGAGGGGGUGCUCUGGGAGUCCCGGUGGGGGUUGGUGUUCUGGGAGACGGGAGUAGGGGUCAAGGGGGAAAAACACAGAGGGUGAGGAUAUUGCAUUGCAGGCUGGGUGGGGGGGGGACGCAGAGUCCCCGCGGGGGAGGGAACUGGUUCAUGGAGCGCUCCGUAGAUCAUGGUGGGAUGGUCCAUAUAGGGCUGUGUGGGUGGGUGAACAUGCUCAUUCAUAUAGGUCUGUGUGGCCCUGGGGAUCUGCUGGUUCCUACAGGGCUGUGCGGAUCUCCAUAGGAAAGUCUGUAUAGGGUUAUAUGGUGUGUGUUUUGGGGGGAUGCUGAUCCAUACAAAACUGUAUGAAUUAAUGUAGGCUGGUCAAUACAGGGUUAUAUGGCUGGGGGGCCGGGUAAGAAGCUAUAUGGAUUGCAGUAGAAUGGCCCAUCUCGGGCUCUAUGACCUGGGGGCAGGGUUAUGCUGGUAAAUACUGGGCUAUAUGGAUCUUGGUAGGAUGGUCUGUAUAGGGCUAUAUGUCCUGGGCAGGUGCUGGUCCUUACACGGCUGUAUGGAUGGCAGAAUGGUUCAUAUGGGGCUAUAUGGCCUGGGAUGUGUGUGUACUGGUCCAUGCAGGCCGUAUGGAUGGUAGCAGAAUGGUCUAUGUGGGGCUGUAGAGCUUGGGGAUCACAGUCUGUGGGUCCCUGCCUCCCUUCUCUCUGCUCGCCAGCCCCGCUUGUGACUCCCAGGAUGAGCCGGAAGCGAAGGGCAGCCGAGGUGGGGGGCGCGGGCCUGGCACUGGAGCUGCGCUGGGAGUGGCAGGACCCCGGUGGCACCUGGCAUCGCUUCGUGCCUGAGCAGAGCGAGGUGCUGACACAGGCGGCCAGGGCAGGGAAGCCCAGCGUGGCUGUGGGCUCCCGUGUGGACCUGCGGCGGAUGGUGCAGCGGGAUGGGCAGACGGGGCAGGAAAGAUGCGUGGCAGCCGCUGUCCAGGACCAGGACUCCUAUUUCGUGUGGUGCUGGCAGGGGGACGAAGAGGGGCAAUGGCUUCCCUACCCUGCCGAUACCUGCCUGGCGCUGGAGCGAGCACGGCGCGGCGAUGGGGGGCCCAGCCUAGAGGUGACGUUCAGCCGGACCCGCUACACAUUGGACACAGCACAGAUGACCCAGACCAACGUCAGAACUGGGUACCAGCGCCGGAUGGAGCGGAGGGAGUCAGAUGCUGUGGAUGAUGAUGGGGGAUCUGAGCCCAGCUUUGUCCCUGGCUCCUCGUCUCCCCAACGGCCCCCAGCGCCGAAGAGACGCCAGGAUGUGGGGGCCAGCCCCAACCCCAGAGCCGGGGGAGAGAGCACAGAGGCCAUCAAGACCCUGAUUGUGAAGGGGAAGGCGCCGGUGGAUCCCGAGUGCUUGGCUAAACUGGGGAAGGCCCACGUGUACUGCGAAGGGGACGACGUCUACGACGUGAUGCUCAACCAGACCAACCUCCAGUUCAACAACAACAAAUUCUACGUCCUACAGCUGCUGGAGGACGAUGGGCCGCGGAGCUACAGCGUCUGGACGCGCUGGGGGCGUGUGGGGCGGCCGGGCCAGCAUGCACUGGUGUCCUGCGCUGGGGACCUCACCCAGGCCAAGGAGGUCUUCACUAAGAAGUUCCUUGACAAGACCAAAAACCACUGGGCCGAGCGGGGCAACUUCCAGAAAGUGCCUGGCAAGUACGACCUGCUGCACAUGGACAGCCGGCCCCCUGCCGCGGAGCUGAGCUGCACAGGGGCCCCCCAGCCCAAACCGGCCUCACGACUGGACCCCCGAGUGCAGGCGCUGCUGGGGCUGAUCUGCGACCUCCAGGCCAUGGAGGAGAUGGUGCUGGAGAUGAAGUAUGACACCAAGAAGGCUCCUCUCGGGAAGCUGACGGUGGAGCAGAUCCGGGCUGGGUUUGGGGGGGCUCUGGGGGGAGUCAGGGGCCCCUGGGGGGUGCCGGGCACUGUUGGUUCUGACCUGCUCCCCCCAGGGAAGCUGACGGUGGAGCAGAUCCGGGCUGGGUUUCAGUCACUGCAGAAGGUGGAGGCGGUUCUGCGGGCCGGGGACACUGGACGGGCCCUGCUGGAAGCCUGCAACGAGUUCUACACCCGUGUGCCCCAUGACUUUGGGCUUCGGACACCCCCAUUGAUCCGGACGUGGCAGGAGCUUCAGGAGAAGGUGCAGCUGCUGGAGGCCCUGGGCGAGAUCCAGAUCGCCGUCAAGCUGGCGCGCUUGGAGCUGCACAGCCAGGAGCACCCGCUGGACCGGAGCUACCGCAUGCUGGGCUGUGAGCUCUGCCCCCUGGAGCGGGACUCUGCCCACUUCCAGGUGCUGGAGCGGUACCUGCUCUCCACCCACGCACCCACCCACCGUGACUACUCCAUGGAGCUGCUGGAGGCUUUCACCCUGCACCGGGCCGGCGAGCCCCCAUUCCACACCAGCCUGCCCAACCGGAUGUUGCUGUGGCAUGGCUCCCGGCUGGGCAACUGGGUGGGGAUCCUGAGCCACGGGCUGCAGGUGGCGCCCCCUGAGGCCCCCGUCACUGGCUACAUGUUCGGGAAGGGCAUCUACUUCGCAGACAUGUCGUCCAAGAGCGCCAACUACUGCUUUGCCUCGCGCCAGCGCAACGUGGGCCUGCUGCUGCUGUGUGAGGUGGCCCUGGGCGAGUGCCAGGAGCUGUUGGAGGCGAAUGCCGAGGCCGGGGAGCUGCCGCCCGGGAAGCACAGCACCAAGGGGCUGGGGAAGCUGGCGCCCGUUCCCUCCAAUAGCAUCAUGCUGGAUGGGGCCGCAGUGCCGCUGGGCCCGGCCGUGGAGACGGGCGUGACAAACCCCCAUGGCUACACCCUCAACUACAAUGAGUUCGUCGUCUACGACCCGGGCCAGGUGCGGAUGCGCUACCUGCUCCAAGUGCGUUUCAACUUCACCCCGCUGUGGUGAGCCCCCUCCAGCUCCUGGCGAAAUGUCCCUGGGCUUCUUUCUACAGCAAUAAAUUGUACCAGCCCUGA